AUGGAAAAGUCACAGCCGCCCUCUGAGCUCUCCUGCCGGCCCCUUCUGACGAUCCCGGGGCUGGUACCUUUAAUUUCUGCCCUCCAGCCGCAAAUCCCCCAUCACCUUCCUGGGGAAACACGAACUCUCUGCCCCUCGGUCCGCACCAGCACGGCGGAAGGUCCUGGGGGACCCCCCAGCCUAGCCCUGGCCGCCUCCAUCCCCGCCCCGCCCGGGGUGCGCUGCCCGCUCGGGGAAGCGUCUUACGGCGUCACAUUUAACCCGUGCGGGCUCUGCCGCGGAUUCACCGUUUAUUCAACAAUCCCCCCGCUGUUUGGGUUUUACAAGGCCUCGCCUACGUCUCAGCCUGGACAAAAGGAGGCUCGGGGGGCCGUUGUAGCUCUGCACAGCUCCCUGACAGGAGGGGACAGCCCCAGGUCGGGCUCUGCUCGCAGGGAACUGGACAGGAUGAGAGGGAGCGGCCUCAGGCCGGGCCAGGAGAGGCUCAGGGUGGAUAUUGAGGAAAACUUCUUCGUGGGAAGGGUGGUCAGGCGUUGGAACAGGCUGGAGUCACCAUCCCUGGAGGUGUUUUCCAAAAACAAUGUCCUGUGCCGUGCUGACGUGUCCUGGUGCCCUGCAGCCCUCAGGAAGGCGCGGCGGCAGGAGCAGCUGGUCAGCAAGCGGCUGCUGCGGGAGGACAGCGCGCCCGAGGAGGGGGCACAGGAUGGAGCAGGCAUCGUGCCAGACCCACUCUCAGAGGAUGAGGUUCUGGAGCUGCUCAGGGGUGUGCAGAGGGGCUCAGAGGACAGGAAACGAUCGCUCGGCCGCCUGCGCUGGGCUCUGCAGAACGAGGACACUCAGCAGAAGUUUGUCAGGCUGGACGGCAGCAUCCGGACGCUCACGGGGCUCUUCACCAGCAGCCUGGCUGACCUGCAGCUGGAGGCUGCCCGCUGUCUGCACGAGCUGUCCCACUCCAGUGUCCCCACGGUGGCCGAGGCGUGCCUGCCUGUCACCUCCUACCUGCUCACCUACCUGUCGGGACACAGCCUGGAGUUCACGGAGCUGUGUUUGUACACACUGGGGAACCUCGUAGUAGAAAGUGAGGCUGUGAGGAAGCAACUGCUGCCUCAGGGCAUUAUUCCAGUGCUGGCAUCCUGCAUCCAGUCCCCCCACGAGGCAGUGCUGGAAGGUGUGGGCUAUGUCCUCUCACAGCUCCUCCAAGCCAAGGAAGCCCCCACAGAGAUCAUCCCCCUGGUCCUGGACUCUGUUCUCCCCCAGCACAUGCUGCGACUGCUCUGCUCCGGCCUCAAGGCUGGGGUGGGAGCGGCUGUGGAGUUUGCGUGGUGUCUCCACUACAUCAUUUGUAGGCACAAAGACAACAUGGUGCUGCUGGCACUGGGGGCUGUGCCUGUCCUCACCUCACUCCUGCUCGACCUGGCUUCCCAAAUCCCCCAGGACACUCCUGAGGGCCUGGAGCUGCUCGUGUGUCCCGUGCUGCGGUGUCUCAGUAACCUGCUGGCACAGGCAGGCUGCCAGGGCCAGGGCCAGGGCCAGGACGGGCGCCUGCUCGUCGCCCUCUUCCUCAUCUUGCAGUGCUUCCUGCAGCAGCACCCCUUCCUCGUCCAGGAGUGCCUCUGGCUGCUCAACAACCUCACAGCGGAUGAUCCCUUCUUCUGCUCUGCUCUACUCUCCCUGGACCUGCUCCCUGCCCUGCUGCAGCUCCUGACGUGUUCCCAGAUGGCCACUGUGCUGGUCCUGACCGUGCUGUGCAACAUCGCAGAGAAGGGAGCGUUCCAGUGCCAGCGGCUGCUGCAGCAGCCCCUCCCCCCCCCCCCCCCCCUGCUGCAGCAGCCCCUCCUGCCCCGCCUCCUGCCCCUCCUCACACUGCCCCACCCCGAGGCCGUGGGGCAGUGCCUGGAGCUGCUGCACCUCCUCUUCGUGCACUGCCCGGAGGCUGCUGCUGAUUUCACCAGGCAAGGUGGGCACAAGGCCCUGGAGCAGCACCAGAGCACCCCAGAGCUGCAGGAGCGGGCACAGGCACUGCUGGACAUGGUCAGGCAGUCCCCAGGAGCCCCCAGUGCCUGCCAGGCCACACUGGCUGCCCUCUCCUAGGCCUUGCCCUCUCCCUGCAGUCUCAGGGGGAAUAAACUGACUGUUCAACCUGUGGCAGCUUCCCAAGGGCUGCUCAGAGCUCUGACGUGCCCAGUGGUGGCUGCAUGGGGGGGGGCUGGUCCUUGUCAGCACCUGGUAGCCACCAGCCCAGUGCCCCCCAGAGCCUGGAGCAGGGGCAGAGAUGAGCUGCAGCCUCAGCAGACUCUCCUGUGCCAGGGAGGGGUGAACGGCUGCAUCAGCCAUUCCCUGGGCUCUCAGCCACCACCAAGCUCAAGGUAAGC